AUGGCGUCGAAGAUGGUAAAUGAUUUGAAACCUAAGCGCAAAGAUGGUAAUGUAGGUCUCAAGAUGGAUAUUUUUCUCAAGAUUUUGACACGGUUAGCUGGUGUUUGUUUAGAGGGUUUUCGAAGGUUUGAUUUUUCCCAAAGAUGGUGUUCUUGGAUUUACACGAUUCUUAGUUUGGCUCGUAUUUCUAUUCUUCUUAAUGGUUGUCCAGAGGGUUUCUUCAAGAUUAAUAGAGGCUUAAGGCAAGGCAACAUGAAGAGUUUGGAUAAUAUUCUAGCUUUUCCUGGAAAAUAUCAAUCUUCCUCGGGUCAAACAGUUUGUCGACAAACGAGUAAGGUCUAUUAUGGUGGUGGCUCUUUGAGUCGUUGUAGGACUAUCACGAAUUUAUUAGGCAUGGAGGUUUCUACUUUCCCGGACAGGUAUUUGGGUGUUCAGAUUAUGCCUGGAGCUAUUAAAUAUCGUCACAUUAGCAAUGUGAUUGAUAAAAUCAAGAAGCAAAUUUCCGUCCUUCUUGGUGUUGUUCUUAUUAAUUUUGUAAUUGAUAGUUAUGCCAUUCACAAUAUGGUUGUUUACAAGUGGCCAAGAAAGUUUAUUCUUCAAUGUGAAAGGGUUAUACGCAAUUUUAUUUGGUCUGGGGACUCUGAAGUUGCACGGAAACUUGUUAUCGGUUAUGACAAAGUUUGCUACCCUGUAAAGGAAGGUGGGUUGGGAAUUACAAGUAUUAGGAUGGCUCAUACUAUUUUGGACACAAAUACCAAAGUCCUUCUUCGUGAUGGGAGGUCAAUAUCUCUUUAUUUUGAUGCUUGGUAUGCUAAUGAAAGUAUAGCAGACACCCUAGGUGUUUUGGGGUAA